UCGAAUACACAAGUCGAUCUUAGCUGACAGAUAAACACGUGCUGUUAGGUUUCGUUGAUAUAUCUUUAAUAUGUCGUCGAACGAAAUGGAAGUAGACGAUGAAAGUGAAACAAAGCCAAUGAAUUUCCACGAGUUAGAUUUAGACGAUAGAAUAUUAAAGGCUGUUGCAAAAUUAGGUUGGUUAGAGCCUACACUGAUACAAGAGAAAGCAAUACCAUUGUUGUUAGAAGGGAAAGAUAUUUUAAUUAGAGCCCGUACAGGGUCUGGUAAAACAGCUGCGUUUGCUAUACCACUGAUUCAAAAGAUUCUGUUGAAAAAACGAAUGCAACAGAAGCAAGAAAUUAAAGGUCUGAUUGUAGCUCCAAGCAAAGAGCUAUGCAAACAGAUACACGAAGUAGUAGUUAGCUUAACAAUAAAAUGCAGCAGAGAAGUAAAAGUUGUUGAUGUCAGUCCACAAAUAGAUCUGAGUGCACAGAAACCAUUGUUAGCAGAGAAACCUGACAUUGUUGUUGGUACUCCAGGCAGAUUAUUACAACACUUAAAAGCUAAUAACAUGAAGUUGAAAAAUUCCCUUGAAACAUUAAUAAUCGAUGAAGCUGACUUGGUAUUUUCAUUUGGAUAUGAGGAUGAAAUAAAAGCUCUGUUGCGUUAUAUGCCAACCGUAUACCAAGCAGCUUUAGCUUCUGCAACUUUGUCAGAAGAUGUUGUGACUCUUAAAAAAAUGGUACUUCAUAAUCCAGCAAUUUUAAAAUUAGAGGAACCUCCAUUAGCUCCUCUGUCUCAAUUAUCACACUACAGCCUUGCUGCAGAAGAAAAUGAUAAGGCUGCUAUUUUGUAUGCUCUAUUAAAAUUGACUUUAAUUAGGGGAAAAACUAUUAUCUUUGUAAAUACAGUAGAUAGAUGUUAUAAAUUAAAGUUAUUUUUAGAACAAUUUGGUAUACCUACCUGUGUUUUAAAUUCCGAAUUACCAGCAGUUUCAAGAUGCAGGGCAGUCAAUCAAUUUAAUUCGGGUACAUAUGACAUUAUAAUAGCAUCGGACGAGAAAUCAUUGGAAGAACCUCAUACGGUAAAAGUUAAAGGAAAACGGAGGAAGGACAAAGAGUCUGGUGUAGCGCGUGGCAUAGAUUUUCAAUUUGUUUCUAAUGUGAUCAAUUUUGAUUUUCCGCCGGAUGUAAACUCGUAUAUUCAUAGAGCUGGACGUACUGCACGUGGCAAGAACCAAGGAACAGCACUGAGUUUCAUAGCAAUAAAAGAAAGACCUCUGCUUGAAAAUGUCGAGGAAGAAUUAAAACAUUGCUACAAUCGCGAUAGAUUGUUUAAAACAUACCAAUUCAAAUUAGAAGAAGUCGAAGGUUUUCGAUAUCGAGCAAAAGAUGCCUGGAAAGCAGUGACGAGAAUAGCCGUUCGCGAGGCGCGUUUAAAAGAAAUAAAACAAGAGGUAUUGACUUGUGAGAAAUUGAAAAGCUAUUUCGAAGACAAUCCGAGAGAUUUGCAAUCGUUAAGACAAGACAAAGCACUUCAUACCGUGAAAUUACAACCACACCUGAAGGACGUGCCCGAAUAUAUAAUUCCACCCACUUUGAAAAGGCUUGUCGGCGUUGGUAAAAAGAAAAAGAAUUUUAACAGAGGUGCUGCUACAUCCAGAUCCACUGCUACACAAUUAAAGUAUCAAGCACGCGCAUCGAAUCCGCUAUUAAUUAUUAAUUAUUAUUUAUAUUUUGCCAAAGAGAAAAAAAGAAAUUAG